CGCCCAGGCGCCGCCCGCGGCCCGUCCCCUGUCCUCCCGCCCCGCCAGGCUGCCGGGGCGCCGGAUGGCGGCGGGAGGCCGCCCGCUCCCGCGGGCAGGGCCGCAGCGCGCGUAGGCCCCGCGGGCGGGCAGCCGCCACCCCGCACCAUGCUGGCGGCCGCUUGGCUGAGCAGGGGCCUCUGGGGGCUCCUCCGCGGCGCGGGGCGGAGGCGGGCGGGCGGCGGCGCCAGGCCUCUGGCCGGCCGGGCCGGGCCGGCGGCGGCGGCGGUGUCUGCGGGGCGCGGCGGCGGGGCGGGCGGGCGCCGCCAUGGCAACGGCGGCGGGUCCUGCCUGGCGGCGGCUCUGGCGGCUCCGGCGCCCGCCCUGCGGCAGCGCCAGCAACGGCUGCUGCGCGCGGCCGGCCCGGGCUGGCGGCUGCUGAGCGGCGGGGCCGGGCCGCGGCGGGCGGGGAGCGCCGGGGAGCGGCCGCCCCAGCAGCCCCCGCCGGAGCGGCGGGCGGCCGGGCGCUACGCCGAGCUGUAUGAAAACCCCUGGACGAUCCCCAACAUACUGUCAAUGGCAAGGAUGGGUUUGGCGCCGGUUUUGGGCUAUUUGAUUGUUGAAGAAAACUUCGAUGUUGCACUUGGUGUCUUUGUUUUGGCUGGCGUAACGGAUUUGUUGGAUGGAUUUAUUGCACGAAACUGGGCUAAUCAGAAAUCAGCUUUGGGAAGUGCUCUUGAUCCUCUGGCUGAUAAAAUUCUCAUCAGUGUGCUCUAUGUGAGCCUAACUUGUGCAAAUCUUAUUCCAGUUCCACUUACUUCCAUGAUUAUUCUGAGGGAUGUAGCGCUCAUUGCUGCUGUUUUUUAUGUGCGGUACAAAACUCUUUCUCCACCGAGAACCCUCAGUAGGUAUUUUAACCCCUGUUACGCUACUGCCCAACUAAAACCAACAUUCAUUAGCAAGAUGAAUACAGCGGUUCAACUGAUUUUGGUGGCAGCUUCUUUAGCAGCACCUGUCUUCAAUUAUGUGGACAGCAUAUAUCUGCAGACAUUAUGGUGCAUCACAGCUUUCACAACGGUCACAUCUGCGUACAGCUAUUACCACUAUGGCCGAAAGACGGUUCAGGUGAUAAAUAACAAAUGAAGUAUUCCUGCCAGGUCUCAGCAGUGGGAUGUGCUGUGCUGCCAAAGAUGGUUGUAAAGCAACUCACUUUUGGAUCAAGAACUCUUGUUUUUCCGCUGAAAACAUAGCGUCACAAUGAAAUGAAGUUUGAACAUGUACUGUGUAUAUAUAGAGACUUCUCAAUGUAUUUUUAAUUUGUUUAAAAAUGAGGUUGUUUACAAUAACAAAUAAAUAAUAUUCUUAAAGACA